ACACCCAUCGUCUCUUCUUUUAACCGUCAUAGUUUGCUCAGGUUGUGUUGUCCGGCUGCCGUGGAUCGAAAACCACCAAACUGCAUUUCUGAUAGAGUGUGUUUGUCCAGAGGAGCGGGUCAUAUUCUUUUCUGCUGUUUUUCAAACACACCCACGGUCAUACGUACUGCUCUGUGCUGCUGUAGUCCGGGUCGUCAUCAAAUUAGAAUCUGGACCAGGGCUGGUUUAAAGCAGGUUGUGGAAAAUGAUGACAUAUAAGACAUAUAUAGACAAGACAUAUAGAACUAAAUAUAUAAGACAUACAUAUUUCCGUAUUGCAUUCAGCCUUAAAAAAUAGAGAAUAACCUUUAAAAAGAAUAUUAUGUAUCAGAACUUUUUCCUCUUUUCUCUCCCAUUAAACAUCUCAUGACCUCCCAGCUAACGACGAGGCUCCUCCAAAGGUUCACCAGGAUGAUGCGGCUACCUUUCUCAUGGAUGUCCACACAUGAUUGCCGUAUUUCCUAUGGACACUGGAAGGCAUCAGCGGCCCGGUGUUGGGAAAACGGGGAGCGGAGAUGGAGAUGGAGGUGGGAGGGGCCUGGUGUGGCUGACGUCACCGGCUGUGUGGAGGAGUAUAGGCUGUGCUGUCAGCCCAGUGUCAGUCUGAUGAAGAUUGGCAUGCAGGCUUUGUGUGGAGAGUUGGAUACUGGGCAACGGAGCAGACAACAACACUGAAAGCUGCUGCGUUGCUGUGGACAAGCUAAAUUCUCGAUGUGAAGCUAUCCCAUGAUGCAACAUGUGUCCCCAGCACCUGCAGUGACAAUGAUGGCCACCCAGAGUGUUCCUCCACCAUCGUACCAGGAGAGCCAACAGAUGACGGGCACCACUCAACAGAACGUCAAGACCCCACAGGUCCAUAUCCCAGCAGCCACUGCAGCAGGAAAUACCUCUGUUAGUGUGACCCUUGACCCUCAAGCCCAGCUUGAGUCUGACAAGAGGGCUGUUUACAGACAUCCGUUGUUCCCCCUGCUGGCAUUGUUGUUUGAGAAAUGUGAGCAGGCCACACAGGGAUCUGAAUGCAUCACGUCAGCCAGCUUUGAUGUGGACAUAGAAAACUUUGUGCACCAGCAGGAGCGAGAACACAAGCCCUUCUUCAGUGAAGAUCCAGAGCUGGACAACUUGAUGGUAAAGGCCAUUCAGGUGUUGAGGAUCCACCUUUUGGAAUUAGAGAAAGUCAAUGAGCUCUGUAAGGAUUUCUGCAACCGUUACAUUACCUGUCUGAAGACCAAGAUGCACAGCGACAACCUCCUCCGUAAUGACCUGGGAGGACCCUAUUCUCCAUCACACACCAGUCUCAGCAUGCAGCAGGAACUAAUUCAGACCUCCUCUCCAUCCAUGACCUCUGUCUCCAGCUCUGUUAACCCUUCAGGGAUUGUGGUGCCCGCCGGGGGUCUGCAACAGGGCAAUGUCGCCAUGACUACCAUCAACUCUCAAGUGGUUUCAGGUGGGACCCUGUACCAGCCGGUUGCCAUGGUGACAUCACAAGGGCAAGUGUUAACGCAGGCGCUGCCGCCAGGAACCAUCCAGAUCCAGAACUCACAGGUAAAUGUGGACCUGUCAUCCCUGUUGGACAGUGAAGACAAGAAGUCCAAGAAUAAGAGGGGGGUCCUGCCCAAACAUGCCACCAACAUCAUGCGGUCCUGGCUCUUUCAGCAUCUCAUGCACCCGUACCCAACCGAAGAUGAAAAAAGGCAGAUUGCUGCACAAACGAGUCUAACCCUUUUGCAAGUGAACAAUUGGUUCAUCAACGCUCGUCGCCGUAUCCUCCAGCCUAUGCUGGAUGCCAGUAACCCAGACCCAGCUCCUAAAGCAAAGAAGAUGAAGUCCCAGCACCGUCCCACACAACGCUUCUGGCCCGACUCCAUCGUAGCUGGAGUUCUGCAGACGCACAGAUCUCAAACAGGAAACAACUCAGACAACCCGCUGAGUAUGGACAGCCUCCAGUCACUGUCCUCAGACUCAGCCACCCUGGCCAUGCAGCAAGCCAUGCUGGGAGCCGACGACUCCAUGGACGGCACCGAGGAGGACGAAGAAGAGGAGGAGGAAGAGGAGGAGGAGGAAGGAAUGGAGGAGGAAGAGGAGGAGGAGGAUGGGGACGAGAACGACAGGGGGAGGCAAAUGUCCAGCGGAGGAGGAGGGCGGAGAGAUCUGAGCAUGGAGCACAGAGAGGAAUUGGAAGGUGAGGAGCUUUCCAACACCGUGCAGGCCUUCACAGGAACGCUUGGUUCUGGAGCAUAUUUUCUAACUGUAUCCCCAGAGAAAGCUGGAAGACUUAAGGCAUUCAAAAUGUCCAUCGCCCAGGCGGCGGCCAAGGCCAUGCUAUCUGAUGCCCUGCUGCAGGACGGCUACGGGAUAAACCGGAUUCACCACCUGGAGCUGGAGCUUCCUUUGGACAAGGUCAUCAAAUUUGUGUCUGUUGGGCUUCCACUGAUGCUGGUGAGCAUGGCGUUCGCCCGCGAGAUCUCCCUGGGGCCUCAGAUCAGCUGUUUCCCUCCCAGCAAUUUCACCAUCAAGCAGGCCAGCUAUGUAGACACAUACUGCUGGGACUCUCUCAUGCAUCAUGAGUUUGACAGCGAUGGGAACUUUGAGGAGCGCUCUCUCUGGGUACACAAAAUGUUCCCAUACUCUCUUCUGGCCAUGGCGGUGCUGAUGUACCUGCCAGCUCUGAUCUGGCGCCAGCUCGUCAUGCCCACACUGGGCUCAGACCUGCUCUUCAUAAUUGACGAACUUGACAAGUCGUACAACCGCUCGAUCCGACUGGCUCAGAGCAUUUUAGAUAUGCGCCAAAACACAAAGAACCCCCUCACAUUUCAGGCUGAACUGCAGAGGGCCAAGAAGAAGCGAUACUUUGAGUACCCUCUACUGGAGAGAUACAUGCAGUGCAAACAAAACUCCUACUUCCUUGUUAGCAUGCUUUUCUUACGUGGCUUCCUCCUCCUGACCUUCAUGACUGCUGCCUGUCUCUACUUGGCCUACUUCCACCUCUCAGCCUUCCUGCAGGAUGAGUUCAGCUGCUUCGUCCGCACAGGCAUGCUGCGUGAUCAGAACUGGGUUCCUGAGUUGAUUCAAUGUAAAAUGAUUGGCCAGUUGGUCUUUCAGGUGAUAAGUGUGGCCAAUGGUGCAAUCUAUGUCCUAUUGGCUCCCAUUGUUCUCUUCAGCCUGAUUCGACUCUUUGUUUGGGACACCACCUUUGUCUCUGUCUAUGAGGUCCUCCCAGCUCUGGAUCUCAUCAACCGCCGCAAGCUAGGCUGCCCACUGAAUGACCUCAACGUCCUUCUGCUGUUCUUACGUGCCAAUGUAGCACACUUGAAGUCCUAUGGACAAGUGAGAGCAUUGUGCUCACUGGCGCCGCCACAGGUUGGCAACACCACAGGGCAUGACUUGAACGCAAUGCUGACCCAAGAAGAGAUAGAAGAGCGUGAAGAGGCUGCGAUGGAGUUGGCAGAAGAGGUGGAGGAAGCCAAGGAGGAAGGGAAGCUCAACUUAGUGGAUAUCAUGACUAUUCUGGGAGCAGCACAGGGAAGAGUGGUAAACUGCAGUGAGAAGAGGCCUCUAGUGGAGGAGAAUAUGAGUCUGGAGCCAAACCACCAGGGGUACCAUGAGUUGAAGGAGACAGCACCAUUUAGUCAUUACUAGGCUUCCUAUGGACUGAAUCAAUGUGAUAACAAUGGGGGGUUGGGCCACUCUACAGUAGAUUUUCAAGAGUACUGUACCCACAAAGACUGUGGACACCAAUCAAGGGUUUCUGCAGUCUGAAGACCAAAAAAAGCCUCUUUUAGAAUUACAGGGCAAAUUGUUCUGGCUGGAAAUGUCAAUGGAUUUGGAUUUGUCAGUUUUCAGCAGCUGAGCAUCUGUAGCUGCCACAGACUUUCCCUCCGUCUUAGUCUGGUCCCAUUUAUUUUUAAGAAGCCAGGGGUGGCUGGUACUCAAAAGGAAGCUUGCAAGUGAAAGUGGUUACUAUGAUUAUGGAGCGAGAGCACAAAGUCAACUCAGAAUGACCAUACAGUACAACAAAAACUAUAUGUCGUCAUGACGUGGUUGGAUUGUGUAUUUGUGAGAAAAGGUGUUCUUAAAGUACGUAUACAGAACUGUACAUGUCAUUUGAGAGUAACAUUUUGUAACAUGUGACUUACAUCAUAUUAAUUUAAUAAGAAGUAAAGUGACUGAAUAUUGUAAUUUAUGUACUUGCUUUCUUUUUUUGCUUCCUUCUAUUGUUAUUUACAUUAUCAGCAAAUAAGAUGAGUUUUGCUUUUCUGUGAAUUCUAAGCGGUGUAUUCUACAUAAUUCUGAAUAAAUGUUGGUGUAACUA